AUGGCAUCAGACGACGGAUCUCUUGUCAAGGAGGCUACUGCGUUGCUGGAUAAGUUCAGUGCUAGCGAACAGAGUUUGGAUGCCUUCAUAGAAGAUGCUGAGAAGGAUCUAAAGAACAUGGAUGCUCAGCAUAAGAUGUUCAUUCUUCAUGUUGUGUCCGGAUGCACUGAGUACAAAAAGUUACUGGAAGUAGUUGUCAACGUCUUCUACGGCCAGAAUGGGAGAUGGUUAUCCAUAGGUGACCGGAGCCAGUUUGCCAUUAUCUGUUAUCUCACCACUUUCGUUCUCGAUGACAUUGGGCUUCAGCGUUUUAGCAACAUUGUCAAAUCUCUGGACAUAAAGAAGAUGCACACAUUCCUCAACUUCUUCUUCACACACCUCACCUCAUGGAUACAGGAAGAGUGGAAUCAUAUCUACGAUGCUGCCUGUGUGGAGGAACAGUGGAUCGGCCCUCUGCUGAGAUGGCGCCCCCAUAUUGAUAUUCUCAUGGACCAGCUUGCUUUGAAAAUGUCCUGUGGGAGUCAGGUCAAGAAAAUUCUGAUCAAAGCCACGAAGCCCCAAGAGUUCUGUCUCACCAAACCCAAACCUCGAUCUCUGCCGAUGCCAGAGCUCAUCCCACAGCAGGAAAAAUGCAAACCGGUACCAAACAGCACGUACAGGGCUCCAAAGGAGAUGCAGAUCAUAAAGGAGAUAAAACAGGAGAACCAUCUGAAGAUCACGGAGCUGCUGAAUGAGUCAAACAUGUUACAGUUCAGUUUUGUGAAUCGACCGAGGUCUGAACGCGCCAGGCGAGUGAUGACCCAGGUUCAGAAAGACUUGGAUUCAAAGCUCCAGUUCAAUUCAAAACAUUCCAUUAAACCUCCGUCCAGUAUUAAGACCGAAAACUCUUCCGUCAAGCUCAACAAUGCAAUGAAGCUGAGGGAGAAGGCGCUGCGUAACCAUAAGCAGGAGAAGGAGCUGAAAAGGGUGAUGCGUUUGGCAGAAGGCGGAGGUGAGGUCUCCUCUUUCCUACAGUGGCAGAAGAAUAUGCGCGAGAUGGAGCUUCAUGAGGAGCUGGCCAAGAUUGAGCAGAGGCGUCUGGAGAGACACAUCAGUCACAAGGAGGCAGCCUUUCCCCCAAAAGUUAUCAUGGAGAGAAACCGGAAGGCCUCUAAGCUGAAGAGAGAAGAGACAGCUCAGCUGAUGAGGGAAUAUGCUGAGAAGAGAUUGCAGGAAGAUCAAGAACUGAGGGACUUGGUGCAACAAGUGGCAGAAGAAGAGAAGAACCCGUCAAUUGCCAAAGAGAAGUUACAGAAAUUCAAGCAAAGUAUAGUGAGAGAAGUCUCGGAGCAAAGUCAAGCGCUCCUUCGACAAGCACUGGAGGAAGCACAGGCAGAACUGAGCAGGAAGUUUCAAACCAUCCUUGAAAUCCGCGCCAUUGAGUCACUUCCUCACGUCAGAUUCAAGUAUUUUGACGACACAGAAACUGCAGGACAUGAACUUCUGGAUGAGAUGUCCAUAGUCGAGCUGAGGCUGCGACUGGCCCACCUGAAGGAAUUCAGGCAAACAGAGCAGCACAAGAGACAUGAGCACAUCCUGGAGGUGAAUCAGAAAAAGAAGAGGCUGGAUUUGGAAUUGGAGACAGAGUACCUACACACGAGAGCAAUGGCACAGGCUGCAGCCAUCAGGAAAGAGAAGGAGAAGAAGGAUCUUGAGCAGAAAAUUGCUCAAGAAAAGGUUUUGGCUGAGCAGAAAAAACUUGAGGAAAAAGAGCAAGAGCAGCGAAGACUAGAGCAAAUCAAGAGCAGCAAGACCAGAACCGCUGAACCAACGACAAAAAAAACCAUGACGGCGGAGGAGAUUUGUGAGUCGAUGGUAAAGAAUUUAGAGCAGUUGAUUGAGAGGGCCUUUUAAAGUUAAGAGCCGGACGAUCAUCGCUGUUUCUGCUGCCAGGAAAGAAAUACAUAGAAAAAGCUCUGUUUCAUCUUUUAUUACAUUGUUAAUGUGACACAUUAUAAUGCAAUAAAAUGACAUGAACCAUCAAAUUUA